AUGAGCGAUGUCGACUUGUUGUCGGAGCUCCGUCGUCUAGCUCUACUCAAUCACUCUCCUUCAACACCAACUGCCGGAACUCAGCUGUCUCUUUCUCUCUCCUAUGUUCCUCGAUCUGCUGCCGUAUUCUCCUCUAAUCUAGCCGUCUUUUCCUCGAAACCUCGAUUUUACAAUCCUUCGCAAGGAUCUAAGAUUCAGUAUCAGAAUAACGGAAAUAGGUUCUCUGAGAAGCUUGCGCUCGAGAACCUCCAUCUAUAA